AUGGAGCAUGAUUUGAAUGAGGAGCCUUUGGACCCAAGUCAUAGUUCAGAUUUUGAAUUUGAUUAUUUAUCAUCGGAUGAAUCAGAAUCUUCCGAUGGAGAUUGGCCACCUGUUUACUCUCAGGUUGAAAUAUCCAACGCUUUAAGGGAAGCCACAACAGAUAAUGCUCAAGAUGAAACAAGGAAUCAUCAGCAUGAAGUUGAAGAAGAAGGAAUAGUCGCUGAAAGUGGGAAAGAGGUCAAAGGGAAUGGUGGUAGUGAUGCGAAUAAGAGAUCUUUGGUGGGGUCGGGUAGCAGUGGAAACUUUUAUGAUUGUAAUAUAUGCUUUAAAAAGGCAAUAGAUCCUGUUUUGACAUGUUGUGGUCACUUGUUUUGUUGGCCAUGCUUCUAUCAGUUGCCAUAUGCUUAUUCAAAGGCUAAGGAAUGCCCUGUUUGUAAUGGAGAGGUCACUCCAACAGGCAUUGUUCCUAUUUAUGGCAAUGCAAGUGUUAGUUGCAAUUCUCACUUGGAAUUUAAAGAAUCUGAGAGUUUAAGAGUUCCUCCUCGACCCCAAGCACCUAGGAUUGAGAGUAUUUGGCAGCUUCCAGAAAGCGAAACUGAAACAUCAAAUCUUUCUGUGAUCGAAAAUGUUACGCUGUUUCAUUACCUCGUUCAUGGAUUUGGAGAUGGAGAUCAGUCAGAAAGCCCCAUCAUGCUUAGGAUCAAGGAGAUGCUGGGGAAAAGCUGGAUGGUGAAGGCUGUUCAUGUGCAUAGAGAAAGUGACAAAGUAGCUGAUUGGUUGGCUAGUCAUGCUCCUAGAGUGGAUUGGAAUGCUGUCUGGUAUAGUGAACCCUCUGAGGGUUGUAGAGGUCUUUUAUUGAGAGACAUUAGAGAGAAUAGUACCCAGGAUAUUGGGUAG